AGCACGCGUGAUUUUUUAAUCUGUGCUUGGAAUUCGAGGGAAUUUUUUCAGUUACAUUUAAAUCAUUGUUAUUCGAAAAAAAAAAACAAAAUGUAAUAAUAAAAGUUAGAUAAAACUUAAUAUUUGUUGUCGUAGUCUUUUUUGUAAAGUUACCGGUAAUAUUAGUAAGAAACAAUGGCAUUUAGCUCAUUAACACCUAUAAACAUGUUAGGAGAGUUGGGAAGAUUUGCGAAUUGGUUGAAAGGUGAUUGCGUUACAUCGGAAGACUUUGGUGGACUUUCUGUUACUGAAAAGCUCGAAAAUGUGCAGUUACUGGACAAGUACAACCUGCGGAACCCUUCUAAGGGCACUCUUUACUUCGCAACCACGCACCUGAUAUUUGUCGAUCACGAGCUGAGAAAGGAGACAUGGAUACUGCUCACGCACAUAUGCACCGUGGAGCGGUUGCCCAUAACGACGACCGGCUCACCGCUGCUCGUGCGCACCAAGACCUUCCAGUCGGUGUUCUUUGUGAUACCGCGCGAGAGGGACUGCCACGAGAUGCACCAGACGCUGCUACGGCUCAGUCAGCCAGUGAACAUAGAGGAGCUGUACUGCUUUAACUACAAGUCGACGCCCGACGACCUCCCCAAGUCGGCCGGCUGGAACUUCUUUGACAUCCAAACCGAAUACCAGAGGAUGAACGUGCCUAACGAACACUGGGUGCUCUGUAAUGCCAAUAAGGAGUAUGAGCUGUGCGACACGUACCCGGCGGCGCUGUACGUGCCGGCGCGCGCGUCGGGCGCCGUGCUGCUGGGCAGCGCGAGCUUCCGGUCGCGCGGCCGCCUGCCCGCGCUCGCCUACCUGCACCGCAACCGCGCCGCCAUCACGCGCUGCAGCCAGCCGCUCAGCGGCUUCUCCGCUAGAUGUAUGGAAGACGAGCAGAUGCUAGACUUGAUUCGGCGAGCGAAUCCCAACUGCGGGUACAUGUAUGUGGUGGAUACGAGGCCGAGGAUAAACGCAAUGGUGAACCGCGCGGCCGGCAAGGGCUACGAGAACGAGGCGUUCUACGAGAACAUUAAGUUCCACUUCAUGGGGAUCGGCAAUAUCCACGUGAUGCGCAAGAGUCUGCAGAAACUUGUUGAGACUUGCGAGCAGACCACACCCACUAUGUCGUCAUUCUUGAGCGGGCUGGAAUCUUCUGGCUGGCUGAAGCAUAUCAAAUCGAUAUUGGACACGUCGUGGUGGAUAGCGUGCGCCAUCGACAGCGGCGUCAGCGUGUGCGUGCACUGCAGCGACGGCUGGGACCGCACCGCGCAGGUGUGCUCGCUGGCCGCCGUGUGCCUGGAGCCGCACUACCGCACCAUCAACGGUUACCAGGCGCUGAUCGAGAAGGACUGGCUGGCGUUCGGGCACAAGUUCACGUGCCGCUGCGGGCACGCGGCCGGCGACCCGCGCGAGCGCUCGCCCGUGUUCACCCAGCUGCUCGACUGCACCUGGCAGCUGCUCCGGCAGGUGCCCGAGGCAUUCCAAUUUAACGAGCGUUUUCUGCUGACGCUACACGACCACGCGCACGCGUGCCAGUACGGCACUUUUGUGGGCAACUGCGAGAAGGAUCGAAGGGAUCUAAGGUUAUCGGAGCGUACGUUUUCACUGUGGGGCUACAUGGCGAGCCACCUCAACGAAUACAAGAACCCACUGUACAACCCGAAAGCGCAUCCUGAUGUGUUAAAACCGGACUUGAAUGCACAAAGUAUAAGGUUCUGGCGCGGCAUGUACUGCCGGCACGAGAGCGGCGUGCACCCGCGCGAGGCGCUGCCCGACCUGCUGCCCGCCGCCGUCGAGCACUCCGCCGCGCUGCACCACCACAUCGACUAUCUCGCCAAGCGAAUAACAACAUUCAAGAAGCUUCUAUCUGGCAAGAAAUCGGACAAGAGCCGCGACGCCGCUGUAGUCAACUAUCAGAACGGCAAUAUGGAUACUGUGGAAAUUGAGACCAAAACUGCCGCGCUUCAAAUUGACAAUAAAUUCAUAUAUGAGUCAGGUGCGAAUUUGUCCGAAAUGGAAUGCGCAAAUGACGACCAUCCACUUAAAGAGACAAAAGGACCAAAACCUAGCAAUAUACCACUUAUUACUGAGAAGACAGAUGACAUAAUACCGCCGAGCCUGUCUGCGCUCGAGGCUGAGAUCAACACGGUGGCGUUGGACUGGAAGAGUAUUAAGAACGUUACGGAGUGCAGCUGCUCCACACCGCUCGACCACUUCAGCAGAAAACACCACUGCUGGGGCUGCGGCGGCUGCGUGUGCACGCGCUGCGUGAGCCGCGCGCCGCUGCCCGCGCUCGCCGCGCCCGCGCCCGCGCCGCUGUGCGCCGCCUGCGCGCCGCUCACGCCGCUCACCCCGCUUACUCCGCUCACGCCGCUCAACCCGCUCACGCCGAGCGCCCCGCACGCAACGCACUACAUAAAAUCAUCGGGGAGCAGCUAAGAAGCGAUGCAGAGCAAGACUGAUUUAUGUACAUUAGUUCGUUUUCCAACUUUAAUUCUUCAAGAAAAGUUUCAGGUAUAAAGAAGGUCAAUUGGACUUUGGACUGUCUUUUCUGUAAGAAAAUUAUGUAAAUGUUUCCUUUUAAUUGUGGUAUUACAAUUGUUAUUCUAUUUAUCACUCGAAAGAAAGGAACCUGUUCUUUAGUUUGUGUAUCUUCUGAAGAGAACCUGUUCUCAUACCGCGGGUAUUACCUAGCAAGUAUGCCUGAAUCAGAGUCCAUUGUUUAUUUAAAAUCAUGUAAGUCUUUUUUAUUAAGAUAAAUAAAGAUGUAUGAAAUUUUCUAUAAAGUGACCGUUCUACUUCACUACAUCCAAAUGUGUUAAGGCAUUUAUAUCAUAGAAUAAGGAAAUUCA